CUGGCCGUUUACUGUAUAUUCACAGUGGGAAAAGGGCAGGCAACAAAACCAAGGUUUUUUACAGCAAAGUGACUCCUACAAUGUAAAUAACCUUCAGGGAGACAAAGAGGAAUAUCAACAGGUGUGAUGAGACAAAAGAACAAAGGAUGCCUUAGAACCAAGGCUGCCAACACGCGUGGAAUCUGCUUCAAAGCACACCAAAUGGAUAUAUCGCUCCUCCACGCUUUCAGAUCAUGAAACACAGCUGAAGCUCCAUAGUCAUCUUUAUGAUCCCUCCAUCUAUGGCGAACUAUAGCCAUGCAGGGGACCACAACAUCUUGCAGAAUGUCUCUCCUCUCGCCACAUUCCUCAAACUGACCUCCCUGGGGUUCAUCAUUGGCGUCGGCGUCGUGGGAAACCUGCUCAUCUCCAUCCUGCUUGUCAAAGACAAGAGCCUGCACCGGGCGCCCUACUACUUCCUGCUGGACCUGUGCGCCUCGGACAUCCUGCGCUCAGCAAUCUGCUUCCCCUUUGUGUUCACCUCGGUCAAGAAUGGCUCGGCCUGGACGUACGGCACGCUCACCUGCAAAGUGAUCGCCUUCCUGGGCGUGCUCUCGUGCUUCCACACGGCCUUCAUGCUGUUCUGUGUGAGCGUCACGCGCUACCUGGCCAUUGCUCACCACCGCUUUUACACCAAGCGGCUUACCUUCUGGACGUGCCUGGCCGUCAUCUGCAUGGUCUGGACGCUGUCGGUGGCCAUGGCCUUCCCGCCGGUGCUGGACGUGGGGACGUACUCGUUCAUCCGCGAGGAGGACCAGUGCACGUUCCAGCACCGCUCGUUCCGCGCCAACGACUCGCUGGGAUUCAUGCUCCUGCUGGCCCUCAUCCUGCUCGCCACGCAGCUGGUCUACCUCAAGCUCAUCUUCUUCGUGCACGACCGCCGGAAGAUGAAGCCCGUCCAGUUUGUGCCCGCCGUCAGCCAGAACUGGACCUUCCACGGCCCCGGCGCCAGCGGCCAGGCGGCCGCCAACUGGCUGGCCGGCUUCGGGCGCGGACCCACCCCACCCACUCUGCUCGGGAUCCGCCAGAACAGCAACGCGGCAGGCCGGCGCCGGCUCCUGGUGCUGGACGAGUUCAAGACGGAGAAGCGGAUCAGCCGGAUGUUCUACAUCAUGACGUUCUUCUUCCUGGCGCUCUGGGGGCCCUACCUGGUGGCCUGCUACUGGCGGGUUUUCGCUGGCGGACCGGUGGUGCCCGCCGGCUACCUGACUGCCGCCGUCUGGAUGAGUUUCGCCCAGGCAGGGGUCAACCCCUUCAUCUGCAUUUUCUCCAACAGGGAGCUCCGGCGCUGUUUCAGCACCACCUUGCUCUACUGCAGAAAAUCCAGGUUACCUAGGGAACCCUAUUGUGUUAUAUGAAGGCUUUGGGGGGUUGAUGUUGGAUGUUGUUGUGUGGGAUUGUUUUUUUCCCCCUUUCUCCCUCCCCCCCUCCCCCUACUUCUUCGUAUUCUACUACUUCUCCUCCUUUACCAUUUAUUCCCUCUUUUAUUGUCUCCUUUUUGAUCCCGACUUGAUUCUCGGGGAUUUGUCUCAUUGUACAGCUCUUCUCUUCCUCUCUCCUUCCCUUCUUCCCUUCCCUUCCUCUCUGCCUUCUCUUCUUCCCUUCCUCCUUCACCCAAAACCUCCUCCUCUUUCUUGUCCUUGUUACCGUGACAGAGGGAAAAAACUGUCAAUCAAAGGCUUCUCCAAAUGACUGAACAUCAAACAUGGAGUUUGAAGGGAAUAAGAAAAGCAGGAUUCUGAGAAGUCCUCCCAGGUUUAUGUUCUAGUAAACAACUGCUGUUUGAAGGCCAUUUUGAAGCAAACACGCAAAAAAGAAUGAAAGGAAAAAAGAAAACUAAGAGAAAUGGAACAUCAACCAAGGACUGGCAACCUUGCUAUGGAUAUUUUUUUUUUUCAACUGACAACUUGAGAUUUAAUUUUAGGAAUCAGUGGAAUUGAUUUUUUUUUCAAAGUUGCACUAAAGAGAAGAAAUUAAGAUGCUUUAUGCUCAGAUGCAUUGCAAAGGACAACUUGUUCUUGUUUUUUUUCCUCCCAGACUAAGAAUAUGAAUGCUUUAAUUUGCAUCAGACAUCUCAUUCACUGUAAAGUACUGCAAAACAGAACACUUUGGGUUCAGAUACAGUUGGAAUACACCUUCACAAGAGGAUAAAAAUUGAUUUACAGUAAAUGUAAGUGAUAUCUAUUUAAUUUUUUUGUCAGCGGGGGUUCAGAAAAAAAAAAUGAUGUGUGAGUUUUUUUGAAGUUGCAACUUAACUAAUUGUUGUUCAAUGACUCAUUCAGUAUGUCCCUAUUGUCUGGCAUCGUUCAUUUUUUUCUUAUGACAUUUUCUAUCUGACUAAAAAGGAUAAUGAUGUUUGGAUUAAAAAAAAAGCUUAAUUCUUGAAAACCUUGUGCUACAACAGACAGUGGAAAAACUAGUUAAAUGUGUCAUGUCCAUGUUACCUGACCACUGACGUAAUGCCACAGUCUCCUCCGCUGCCACUCCAGGUGUUUUUGCCUUAACGGUUAUGAUGAUCAUUCUGUUUUUCGCUGUCGGCAGGUUGACACAUUUCGCUCCUCAAGAGAUCCUGACAUGGAGAAUUUCUUCUUUUCUGUCUCCUCAUGUAUAUGUGAAGUGCAUGGUCAUUUAGAAAAGAUAACCCACACUCAUGAACAUCAUCACAGGCCAUAAAUGAUCCCAUUGUUUUUGUUCAAUUCUGGAAAAAAAGGUUUGGUCCACCCCCACGAGUGCUUUAAGCACUGGAAAGCAUGUGUUUGUGUGUGUGUGUGUGUGUGUCUGUGUGUGUGUGUGCGUGUGUGUGUGUGUGUGUGUGUAUGUUUGUCCUUAAGUCAGACAGCUGUCACGUCAAGACCAGAGCCUUAGUAUGAGAUCUUGCACAAUUUGUAAAAAAUGUAAAAGAAAAAAAAUCUGUAUUUAAGGCACAGCGUCUUGUUUCUACUUUCCUUACAUUUGCUCUCUACUGAUUGUUUUGAACAACUUACUUUUUUCUCUUGUGGCCAUUUUAAUAUUUAUUCUGUAUUCUUUUUGUAUAUUAUAGGUAGAUAGUGUGUAAGUUUGUGAGUCUUUUAUUUUGAAGUCCCGGACGUGAGUACUGUUUCAGUUAGGAUUGCAUUUGCUGAAAGUUAUCAGUGUAAUCUGUUGCUUACGUUUUUGGAAAAAAAAAAAUAAAAUUUUACAUUUUGCAA